AGAACAAGUGAGAUAAGAUGGUGAUAGUUUGUGUAGUGUAUGCUGGAAGUCAGUAGUGUUGAAGUGAGAGUAGCGAUCUUUGCAGUGGAGGUUGAAAGCAAGCAGUUUUCAAAAUGUUAAUUAAGCGUUUAUUUCUUACUUGAGUGAAACCGAGUAUCAAAAUCAGGCUUGUUGGUGUUAAAAUUAAUUAAGUGUAAAAGUACCAUUUGUUUGGAUAUCAGCAAGUAGCCAGGUUACUUUGUAUUUAGAAUAGCAAUGGGCAGUUCAAGUACUAACAAUUCUACAGUUACCACUGUACUGAAUGCUGCAACGAUUAGUGGAACUGUUUCUACUACUGCUGACCAAACAAUUUUGCCUACGUCUGUAGAAGCUACGCCAAUGUUUCUGGAGACUAAGGCGGCCCAGGGUAUUGCAGGAGCUUUUGUCUGGAUUGCUCUCUUCCUGACUUGUCACCAGAUAUAUCAACACUUGCGAUGGUACACAAACCCUGCAGAGCAGCGCUGGAUAGUUCGUAUUCUGUUUAUCGUACCAAUAUACGCUUUCUAUUCAUGGGUCAGCCUCCUCUUCUUCAACAGCGAGAGUUACUAUGUCUAUUUCUUCACUGUAAGAGACUGCUAUGAAGCUUUUGUAAUCUACAAUUUCUUGAGUCUUUGCUAUGAGUACCUGGGAGGAGAAGGGAACAUUAUGAGUGAAAUACGAGGAAAACCAAUCAGAUCGAACUGUAUGUAUGGCACAUGCUGCCUAGUUGGGAAGACAUACACAAUUGGAUUUCUGAGGUUCUGUAAGCAAGUGACUCUGCAGUUCUGCUUGGUGAAGCCUGUCAUGGCCUUUGUAAUCAUUAUCCUGCAAUCAUUUGGUCACUACAGGGAUGGUGAUUGGAGUCCUGAUGGUGGAUAUCUGUAUGUCACCAUCAUCUACAAUAUUUCUGUGAGUCUUGCACUGUAUGGGCUGUUCCUAUUCUACUUUGCUACAAAAGAUCUCUUGAUGCCAUUUGACCCAGUGUUAAAAUUCUGCACAGUCAAAUCUGUCAUUUUCCUCUCAUUCUGGCAAGGGGUGCUACUGGCAGUUCUUGAAAGAGCAGAGGUUAUUGACCCUAUCGUAGAUAAUGGACAGCGCCCAAAUGCAGGAACAGUAUCAGCAGGUUACCAGAACUUUCUGAUCUGUAUUGAGAUGUUUUUUGCUGCAAUUGCGCUGCGGUAUGCUUUCCCUUACCAAGUAUAUGCCCAAGGAUGCAUCACAGAUUCUCAUGGUCGAAGUGUUACAAUGCAGAGCAUCUCCAGCAGUCUCAAGGAAACAAUGAACCCCAAAGACAUAAUGACUGAUGCCAUUCAUAACUUCCAUCCUCAGUACCAACAGUAUACCCAGUACAGCUCUGAGGUCAAUACGAAUCUGCCUUAUGAGAAGCUUUGAGCAUUAAUGAACCUGCUGAUUGUGGGAAGCUGAAUAUUAUCAGUGUUGACAGUGAUGCUGAUGGUUGUAGCAUCUGUGGAAGAAAGCGCGAGCCUUGCAUGAUGCCAGUGUUGUGAAAGCAUGUGCACUGAACUUUAUUAAUUUAUCCAUUUUACUUAAAUGUACAACAGAUUUGAAACUAUGUUGAAUCUGAUAUGAAUUCUUGAAGUGGACAUUGUUUUACAUCCAUAACUGAAUGUGCAGUGUCCAAAUCAAUGAAGUAAAUAGUUAUAAUAUUUUUUAUACUCAUGUAUUUAUAAAGACAAUAUGUUUCUUUUUUCAUCUAAGCACUAUUCACAUAUCCUUAUAUUGUGUUGGAAUUAAAUAAUUUUGUGUUUCA